GAAAGGCCCAAUAAAUAGCAGCGACACGGCGCCCACUAAACCCUACCGCGAGUUCGCUCCCCUUCUCCUUCCGGUUGCUUCCGCCGAUCGACUUGCCCACUCGAUUCCGCCAACCCCUCGUCUCGAUCGACCCCCGCCCCGGCUGCGCCCUUCGAUCGGUUGUUAACGUUUGGAGAUGGCCAAUGCUUCCUUCAAGAUCGAGCGCUCCCUGGAGAGGAGGCAAUCUGAAUCUGCCAGGAUCAGGGAGAAGUACCCAGACAGAAUUCCUGUGAUUGUUGAGAAAGCUGGCAAGACUGAUGUCCCAGAGAUCGAUAAGAAGAAGUACCUUGUCCCUGCUGACCUCACCGUCGGCCAGUUUGUCUAUGUGGUGAGGAAGAGGAUCAAGCUGAGCCCAGAGAAAGCCAUCUUCGUCUUUGUGAAGCAAACCUUGCCUCCAUCUGCCUCUUUGAUGUCUGCAAUCUACGAAGAGAACAAGGACGAGGAUGGCUUCCUUUACAUGACCUACAGUGGAGAGAACACAUUCGGCUCCGCCUAAGGCAGCCGCCCGUGCCACUGUAAAUAAGCAAGCGUGAUCAGGCUGCUUCCAUCUUAACCUGUGUACAUAUACCCCGUCUCAUAUGCUGCCGGAAUGCUUUCAUCGUUUAGUGCGUCCUUACCUUCAAGUGUCUGGAAUUCUGAAGUCGAAUACUAUAUCUUGUCAGAUUGAUACAUUUUACCUAUUCCAGUAAUUGCCUUUGGGUCU